GAGGGGGCAGAGGUCCAUACUAUAGUGCUGAGUGGUGUUCGCCAGAGGAAGCACAGAGAGCGGUGCAGCGCAGAGCAGUCAGCCGGGCCGAGGAGUGCAGAGUGCAGUAUGAGAUAUGAAGCUCAGCGCUCGGAAAUAGGCUAGCAAUACGCUAACCUCUACCUUAACCGUUACCAUUAUCAGCCUUCCGUGGGACACACCGACCAAUUCUGGACAGGUAUUUGGGCUGGCCACAACUGUUCCCUUGGCCAGCGACUGCAGUGUUCGGUGGUAAAUGUGACCAAACAAACCAGCUCAUCCAACCUCACCAUGGUUGAGGAACGAGGAAAGUAUGACUUUUACAUCGGCCUUGGUUUGGCUGUUAGCUCCAGCAUUUUCAUCGGAGGAAGCUUCAUCCUCAAGAAGAAGGGACUGCUACGGCUGGCCAAGAAGGGAUCGAUGCGAGCAGGGCAAGGAGGUCAUGCAUAUCUCAAGGAGUGGCUUUGGUGGGCGGGUUUACUGUCAAUGGGAGCUGGGGAGGCGGCUAACUUCGCUGCCUAUGCGUUUGCUCCGGCCACGCUGGUCACCCCCCUGGGAGCCCUCAGCGUACUGGUCAGCGCGGUGCUGUCCUCGUACUUCCUGACCGAGCGGUUGAACCUGCACGGUAAGCUGGGCUGUGUGCUCAGCAUCCUCGGCUCCACCACCAUGGUGAUCCACGCUCCAAAGGAGGAGGAGAUCAGCAGUCUGGAGCACAUGGCGGUCAAACUGGUGGAUCCAGGCUUCCUGGUGUUCGCCAUGCUGGUGAUCAUCGUGGCCUUGAUCUUCAUCUGCGUGGUGGGCCCGCGCCAGGGCCAGACCAACAUCCUGGUGUACAUCACCAUCUGCUCCGUGAUCGGGGCCCUGUCCGUGUCCUGCGUGAAGGGCCUGGGCAUCGCCAUCAAGGAGGCCAUCGCGGGGGAGCCGGCGAUGAGCAACCCCCUGGCGUGGGUCCUGCUGCUGAGCCUGGUGGCGUGCGUCAGCACGCAGAUCAACUACCUGAACAAGGCGCUGGACAUCUUCAACACGUCGCUGGUCACGCCCAUCUACUACGUGUUCUUCACUACCUCGGUGCUCACCUGCUCCGCCAUCCUCUUCAAGGAGUGGGAGCACAUGGGCGCCGCCGACGUCAUCGGCACGCUGAGCGGCUUCCUCACCAUCAUCGUGGGCAUCUUCCUGCUGCACGCCUUCAAGGACGUGAACGUCAGCCUGUCGGCGCUCGCCGUGGCCAUUCGCAAGGACGAGCGGGGCGGGCCGGGGUUCCCGGCGGCCAACGGCGUGGGGCAGCAGCACGGCUGCGGCUAUGAACUCCUGCAGGAGACCACCGAGGAGCUGGACAGCCGGGACAUGGGCUCGUCCUUCGACAGCAUCUCGCGGAGGAACGGCGCCAUGAGCUCCUCGUAAGGGGCCGCCUGGAAGGGGCUCCGCGACUACCACCACUACGACUACUAUUACUACUGACUCGGUUUCCAAGGCAACGGGGUGGGAGACAGACAAUCGGAGGGAGGGAGGGAGGAGCGGGGGCACAGUGUCUUGGAUGGACCAAUCGAUUGUAUUUUGAUUUAAUUUGCCUUAAGUUUUUCAUAACAUAAUUAGUAUAGCGUUUGGACUUUGGUUUAAUUCCUGUGUAGCUCUGUAUACCAGGUUUUCUUGUUUUUCUGAAAACCUUUUUGUUUGUGUGUAUACUACUACCCAUGCACUGGGUGCUUUCUAUUAUCCAUCAACUUUAAGAAGUUGAGGUCCUGCUGAUUUACAGAGUUAUUUAUGGAGAAGACAUUGUUGAGAUAUGCGUUAAUUUCAUACUUGGAAACGGUACCAUCUAUUUACGUUGGAUGACACAGUGGUCCAUUUUUUUGUAAUGUUUACAUAAAAAGCGUGCAAAAAUCAACCAAUGGAUUUGUUACAUAUUUAUUAAUUUAAAAUUAAUAAAACAUUUUAGACAAGGCACUGUGAAUAAAUGCUGACCCUGGCUACGAAUGCGGUUAUCAGGCUCAUUUUAAAAUGUUAAGUUCAGCAUGCAAUUUUUAGCAAUAUAGAAAAUACAAUUUACGUUCAUCCCCCACUAAAAACAGGUCACCCUAUACCUUUACCAAUCCAACUCCCACCACGGCAAACCCUUAAAUAUUUGAUAAAAGUACCCCCUUAUCUGCCUCCCCAACAUGUAUAAAACAAAAGAAUAUAUAGCUAGUCAUUUUUAAUAAGGCACGAGUGAAUACAAAAAAAAAAAGUCAUACAUAAUGUCGACCUACUUCCUGGUGGUCCGUCGCUCCUCAGGAAAGAGGAUGUGGCCAUUAGAACAAGCUUUACUGGUCCGCUUUCUACUGGUGGAUGUGGAAUAUCUAUUGGACGCCAGUGAUUGGUUGUGGUCCCUCAGUUGUUGAGCAGUGAUUGAAUGUGGAAACACAUUGGCUGGCCGGUGAUUGUUUGAUUAGUGGAUGUGGACCAAUUGCUGGCCAGCGAUUUGUUUAUUAGUGGAUGUGGUCGCUCAGGUGCUGGCCAGCGAUUGGUUGAUUGGUGGCUCAGUUGCUGGCCAGUGAUUGGUGGAUGGGGGGCUGGAAGCAGCGCACAUGCUCCACAGGCAUGUUCUCUCCGUCUCCAGACUUCAGGUAUUUGUUCAGGAUGCCAAAGAUCUCGUCGUUGAUGAUCUGGAACUUGCGGAUUCUGUCCACCAUCUUCUUCAGGGGCUAAGGAACAUCAGGGGGAGGGUAGUGUUUGGUUGAGAAAUACUUCAUUCAGCUUAUUUUUUACUGUAGAUGAUAAAACAGGUUUUAUUUAAUUUCUCCAUUCAGGCUCUUUAAUUGUUGAUCUAAGUCAGUGCUGAUUGGACAGCCAACCUUAAUGUUUCACUUUACUUAGUAAUAGUAUCUUCCUGAUAAAUCCAAAUGUCGCUCAUAGGAACGGGGACAGGUGCAACGGUGAAUGAUGAAUAGCAAGAAAAUUACUUUACUGCUGCCCUGAAGGUAUACAAAAUGUUCUGUGGUCAACUGUUGACUCUCGGUAAACAAAAGCUACGGAAAGACUGAGGCACGCCAUGCGACCUAUGACGACACCACCUCCUGCUGUUGUCUCACCACGCUUUUGAUGGUUUCGUCCUUUCCGUCGUGCUUCUGGACCUUGAGAAGGUGGUAGCUGAAGUCCAGGAUGUCAAAGCGUCUCUGUUGACCCAGCAGGGCUAUGAUCAUACAGCCGGCCCAGUGCAGGCCAUCUCCGAAGCACUGCCUGAAACACAAAAACACACGCAACCACUUACAAUACUGUCCCAGAAGCACUGCCUGAAAAACACAUAACCACCUAAAAUAUCAGCCAAGCUUUUCCCAUCAUCAUGUCGGCCUUCUGAAUCCCUACCGAACGUCAGUAUGGC